AUGCGCGAGGAGCCAUUGCCACAGAUCCUCAGGCCGCGCCGGCAACCACCGGGUGAACCCCCCGGCUUGGAAGACCUCCAGCCGACCGACGGAGCAGCAGAGUUCAUGCCGGACAUCGACCUCAUCCCACACCCUCACGCACAGCCGCCCUUCGUGCUCGAUGCUGGGAGUACAUAUCACCUUCACAUCGCCGCCCUCGAGUUUCGCCGGCAGGCACGUCUGCGCGAAUUGGCCAGGCAAAGGGAGAAGCUAGUGCUUGCUGCCAUGGGCCUGCCCCUGGUCGCUAUGCUGCUGAAGCUACUGUGGUCCAUCCUGUCGGGAAGCAGAUGGUGGGCAGGCGAUGAUGCUCAUACCUCGCCUUGGCAGGGGUUUGUGGGCGGAGACUGGUAG